AUGGGUGGCGGGGGCGGCGAGGAGAGGGCCAAGGGCGACGGCGACGGCGUGGGCGACGAGGACGGGGGCCAAGGGCGACGAGGAGGAAAGCGGCGACGGCGUGGUCGACGAGGGCGGGGGCCAAGGGCGAGGACGAGGGCGGCGAGGAGCAGAAAGUCGGCCGAAGGGUGCGCGGCGGCUGGAGGGACGCCCGGCUUCCGCGCGCUCCACGUGGUCGGCGCGCGCGACGACGUGAACCCGCCGCAGGGGGGCCUGCAGGUGGCGGCCGCGCUCGGCGGGGACGUCCUCGAACACCCCGGCAGGCACGAGUGCCCCAUGGACGGCCAGAGCCUCGCCGCGUACCGGCGGUUCCUGGCGGAGGCCGUGGGACCGUCCGCGUAG